GUGCAUACAACAAACUUGAAGCACCAAAAUCAAGGCCCUCAAAAACCAUCAUUUUCAACAUAACUUGAUUGCCAUGAACCCUCUUCUAUUUCCAUCCUACCUGCUAUUCUUUCUACUGACAUUCUCAGCCUCCUCUGCCUCUGAAACAGAGUUUAAGAUCAAAAUUCCGAGGCUGAGUCCGACCGGAGCAGGAUUAACUGUCGAUGAGUUGCAGACUUCAUCGUUGUCAUCAUCAUCGUUGUCAGCGGACUACAAAACAUUUUAUUUCACCCAAACACUUGAUCAUUUCAACUACAGGCCAGAAAGUUACACAACUUUUAAACAAAGAUAUGUGAUCAAUUCCAAGUAUUGGGGUGGCUCAAAGAGUAAUGCACCAAUUUUUGUUUACUUUGGUGCUGAAGCACCAUUGGAUGGUGAUCUUAGAAUAAUUGGUUUUCUCAGUGAUAAUGCAAUUCAAUUUAAAGCUCUCCUGCUUUAUAUAGAGCACAGGUACUAUGGGAAAUCAAUUCCAUUUGGAUCAAGGAAAGAAGCACUAAAAAAUCCAAGCACUCUUGGGUAUUUUAAUUCAGCUCAAGCCAUAGCAGAUUAUGCAGCUGUAAUCUUACAUGUGAAGAAGAAACUGAAGGCUGAAAAAGCACCAGUCAUUGUGAUUGGAGGAUCCUAUGGAGGAAUGUUAGCUUCAUGGUUUAGACUAAAGUAUCCCCAUAUAGCCCUAGGAGCUCUGGCCUCAUCAGCUCCAAUUCUUUACUUUGAUGACAUCACACCACAAAAUGGAUACUAUUCCAUUGCCACUAAGGAUUUCAGAGAAGUUAGUGAGAAUUGCUACCAAAUCAUAAGAAAAUCAUGGUCCGAAAUCGACAAAGUUACUGCCAGACACAAUGGGCUUUCAACGCUUAGCAAAAAGUUUCGGACUUGCAAACCAUUGAAGGAAUCAUCAGAGCUGAAGGACUACCUGGAUUCGAUGUACUCAGUGGCAGCUCAAUAUAAUCGGCCUCCGAAAUACCCGGUAACUCAGGUCUGUGCGGGCAUUGAUGGAGCUCCAGUUGGAAGCAAUAUACUUGACAAAAUAUUUGCAGGAGUUGUUUCUUACAGAGGAAAUAAGUCAUGCUACGUCAAUGAACCCCAAAAUGUUUCUGAAACUUCUGUGGGUUGGAGAUGGCAGACAUGCAGUGAAAUGGUGAUACCCAUAGGGCGCAACAACCAGACCAUGUUCCCACCAGACCCUUUUAUUCUAACCGACUACAUCAAACAGUGCCAAGAAUUGUAUGGUGUCCCACCUCGUCCUCAUUGGGUCACUACUUAUUAUGGAGGCCAUGAUAUAAAACUGAUACUCCGAAGGUUUGGUAGCAACAUCAUUUUCUCCAAUGGCCUGAAAGACCCUUAUAGCAUUGGCGGGGUGUUAGAGAACUUAUCAAACAGUCUUUUAGCCAUCCACACAACCAAUGGGUCACAUUGUUUGGAUAUUCUACAAGCAAAUGAAACUACGGAUCCUCAUUGGUUAGUAAAGCAGCGAAAGACUGAAGUGGAAAUAAUUGAAGGGUGGAUUGCAAAAUACUACGCAGAUCUUGCAACAAUCUUCAGAAAUUGAAGAUUACAUAACGCAAGUUUUUAAUUUUAUAAACAUUUCAAAGAGAUAGGGAAAUAUAUAUAUAUAUAUAUAUAUGUAUAUAUAGGGCAAAAGGUAGACGAUUAUAUUUUACAAUUUUAGGAUGGCUCAUUUCUCAUUUUGAAGAAACUAUAAUAUUGGGCUUAUGUUAUGUUCUGAUCACCGGUGCAAUUUUGGACUUUCGGACCUCAAAUAUCUUAAUUGGGCUAUUCAUUAGCCCAACUUGCCAUUCUAGUUACGUUUGGCCCAUAAUGUUACAUGUGACCUUAAAUUGGAAAUUUAUUUUAUUUUCUUACCUUGAAAAAAUUCUGUAUGUGUGACUUUAGAUAGGAUGACCUUUGUUUCAGGUAUGACUCCUAGUCCUAUAAAAGAAUUUUCUUCCCC